CGGGAACACAGGUGCACGAAUUCAAAACCGAAUUACUUCAUUUCUGUAGCAACCGCGCUAGAAGCACUAGCAACGUUAAAAAAUAACAAGUGAUUUUAAUAAUUGUUUUCAACUUAAAAUAAUCCAAGUCGAGCAAAGUGACCAGUGAUUGGUGCAAAGCCUGCUCUUCGGAUAAUUUAAAUAAUGUGCUCCAAUAACGAAACAAUGCGGCGUAUCAAGACGGCGUGAUGUUUAAUCUAGAAUGGCAAAGUGGUACGACGCCUACUACAAUGCCCUCUGGGCGUUUACGUUGAUUUUCUACUUUACUAAUAUAACUGCAGCCCUGACCGACAACCGCUGCUACCUGGAGAACGGCGCAUCGUCGGAGAGCUUUUUCGUGUCCGAAGACCUGGCCAUCGGCUCCAACAUCGGGCAGGUCCGCGUCCUAGGCGACCCGCGACCCGGAGGCUCCAUAGCGCUGCGCCUCAAAGAGACCGACCGCACGGAAAGCCCCGUCUCCAUCCUCCCCGGCACCAAGAACAUAACCCUGCGCCGGCAGCUGGACAAGGAGGGAAUCGCCGGCGCGUCGUCGGUGUUCGUGAACAUAAUAUGCGAGAAGCUGCACACCAAAGACUCGGAGUUCGUGAUCCCUGUGAACAUCAGAGUGAUCGAUGUCAACGAUAACUCUCCGAUUUUCAUCAACGCCCCCUAUGUCUUAAACAUAUCGGAGGUGACAGUGGUAGGGACAAGAGUAUUACAAGGUGUUCAUGCCGUUGAUAAUGACCAACAAGGACCGUUCUCAAGUGUUAGAUACUCAGUUUUACCCGGGCCAAACUCGGACUACUUCGAAUUCGAAAACGAACUCGAGGGCACACUGGUUCUCAAGAAACCUUUGGACUACGAAACCCUCAAAACCUUCGACAUAAACAUACGAGCGCUAGACCACGGCGAACCUCCUCGCAAAACAGACACGACCCUUUCAGUACACGUCAUAGACGCCGACGACCAAAACCCCAGAUUCCUAGAUGACCGCUACAUAACCUCCAUCGAAAACCUACCGAAAAAAUUAUCCACCCUCACCGUACAACCGCGCGACAUAAAAGCGUUCGAUCAAGACAUCGGUAUUAACGCCCCGGUCUACUACACUUUCAACGGCAUCGGCCAGGACUACAACUACUUCAAGCUGAACCGGAACACGGCAAAAAUAACCGUGAGCAAAGAUCUGACGGAAAACGAUCUACGACAUCCGGCAACCCUGGUGAUCAGAGCCACCCAACAGGAUAACCCCGACAGGUACGCCUUGGCCACCUUGACCGUCAGCAAAGUUUCGACCAAUGGGAUACGUUUUUUGCAUAGCGUUUUCUAUAUCAAGGCUUCCGAGGAUUUGGCUGUGGGUUCGGUGGUGGGGAGUUUAGCGAAUAACCGGCCUGGGGAGCAGUUGAGGUACUUUGUGUCCGAUCAGGGGGUUUUAAAGACUUUCGGUUUGAAUACCAAGGGGGAGUUGUCGUUGAGGAGGAAGUUGGAUUUCGAGGAGAAGCCAGAGUAUUAUUUUAAGGUUUUUGCUACGGAUGGAGUGACGAACGACUCCGCCGUGGUGAACAUAACAGUAGGCGACGUCAACGAAUGGGAACCGAGGUUCCGUUACCCGCACUACGAGUUCUACGUUACCGGGCAACCGAACGAGCUGAUUGGCCGCAUCGAGGCGGCCGACGGGGACCGAAGCGACAGGCUGACCUUGACGCUAGGCGGCGUCAACGCCACCUCCUUUUUCAUCACCCCCAGCGGCGAGCUGCGACUCAGGCAGGCCAGGGAGUUCACCGGAGUCGCUAAUUUGGCAGUCACUGCUACUGAUAGCGGCACGCCGAGCAAGAAGGCCAGUGUGCCCGUUACGGUGCACUUUCCAGAGGCCUUGGAUGCAGCGGGGGUCGUUUCCACGAGGGGGAAUAAUGUAGGGCCCCUUCUCUUGGCUGGACUGGGGGCUAUCUUGCUUAUAUUGGCUUUUGUCAUAGCACUUUUGAUUGCCUAUAUAUGCAAAGCUAAAAGGUUUCCUCCAAGAGACCUCCAAACUCUCUCCUCCGUAAAACCCUCAUCCACUUUGGGAGGGGUCAAAAAAGUCAGCAACCCCAUGUUCGGCGAUGACAGGCAGCUGUCGCCUAUGGCAACCGCAAUGGGGGGAAUACCAACAGACUUAAAAUCGAGAAUUCCAAGCCCGAAGGUGCAUCCUGCCCCCCAACCCCCCAUGUGGCCCCACUCCGCCUCGUCCAGGGUGAAGAAGUUAAGUUGGGGGGACGAUAAGACUGAUUCGGACAGAAGCACAGAAAAUAUCAAUAAUAUGGACACGACACCAAAGGUUUUGGAUAAUUCCAAUUUGACAGUGUAUUUCUGACAAAAGCUUAAAUUUGGAAUACUUAAAAAUGCUACCAAGUAAAAUAGAUUUCAUAUCUUAGUUAUAGGCUGUUAAAUAUAUGUACA